CAGUACUAACACUGCGUGUUUUUUUCGCCAAGAGAUGACUAUGUUUCAGACUCAACCGGGGAAGCUACAUCCUCUCCCUUUCCCCCACUCUCUCUCGUCUCAUAUCACUCACGGGCAAAGCGCCAUCGCGCGUGUUUCUCACUCGCCUCCUGUUUAUAUAUAAUCCUCCAAAUCCUCACUCAUGCUCUCUCACUGUCGCUCUCCUGUGAAUCUGAAGAAAUUAAAUUCUCCAAUACAGACCUCAAUGGCGAAUUGCCUCUUCCUGCUUCACAGUUGUGCAUCCAGGAAUUCCAAUAGAUUGCUUCCUAACCUCCCCCUCAUCGUAAUCACCACCGUCUUCUGCACCGUCUUCUAUUUCAUUGGCCUUUGGCAGCACUCCUCUGGCCCUGUCGCUAUUGACGCAGCCUACGUUAUCGCCGAUUCCAUCUGCCUCCGCCCCAAUUCCACCACAUCUUCUCCCCCGCCCCCGCCCCCGCCCCCGCCCAACCUCGACUUCACCGCCCACCACCACAUCGCAGACCCUGUUCUUGCUCCGGAGGCGGCGCGUGAUUUCCACUUCCCGCCAUGCGACGCCUCACUCUCCGAGUACACGCCCUGCGAGGACGUCAACCGGUCCCUGAAAUUCGACAGGGACAGACUAAUCUACCGCGAGAGGCACUGUCCGGGGCCGUCAGAAGUGUUGCGGUGCCGAAUUCCGGCGCCGUACGGGUACCGAGUUCCGUUGCGGUGGCCGGAGAGUCGCGAGUGGGUCUGGUACGCUAACGUGCCUCACAAGGAGCUGACUGUGGAGAAGAAGAAGCAGAACUGGGUUCGGUUCGAGGGGGAGCGGUUUCGAUUCCCCGGGGGAGGGACCAUGUUUCCUCGCGGUGCGGACGCUUACAUCGACGAUAUUGGGAAACACAUCAACCUGAGAGACGGGUCCAUCAGAACCGCCAUUGACACCGGGUGCGGGGUGGCAAGCUGGGGAGCACACCUAAUGUCUCGUAACAUACUGGCAGUAUCGUUUGCACCCAGAGACACGCACGAGGCUCAGGUCCAAUUCGCUCUGGAACGAGGAGUGCCCGCCCUGAUUGGAGUUCUGGCCUCUAUCCGACUUCCUUACCCUUCCAGAUCCUUCGACAUGGCUCACUGCUCUCGCUGCCUCAUUCCCUGGGGCCAACACGACGGCAUCUACCUGACGGAAGUGGACCGAGUGCUGCGUCCCGGCGGGUACUGGAUUCUGUCGGGGCCGCCCAUCAACUGGCGCAGGCACUGGAAAGGCUGGGACAGGACUCGCGACAGUCUUCAGCAAGAACAGGACGGCAUCGAGGCGGUGGCCAAAUCACUGUGCUGGAAGAAAUUGGUUGAGAAGGGGGAUCUGGCAAUAUGGCAGAAGCCCACCAAUCACAUUCACUGCAAAAUCACAAGAAGACUCUUCAGGAACCGCCCAUUCUGUGGCUCGCAGGAUGCGGACAAGGCUUGGUACACUAAACUCGAGACCUGCCUGACGCCACUGCCGGAAGUAUCAGGCAUAAAAGAGGUGAGCGGGGGAGAGGUGGCGAAAUGGCCAGAGAGGCUGAACUCAAUACCGCCAAGGAUUAGAAGCGGGAGCGUGAGAGGAAUAACGGGAGAGAUGUUCAAAAGAGACGGGGAGGUGUGGAAAGAGAGGGUGAGACGGUACAAGAGAGUGGAUUCUCAGCUGGCGGAAGCGGGGAGGUACAGGAACGUGCUGGAUAUGAACUCUCACCUGGGAGGCUUCGGUGCGGCAUUGGCAUGGGGCGGCGAUCCCGUGUGGGUGAUGAAUGUGGUCCCCGUGGAGGCAGAGCCCAACACGCUGGGCGUCAUUUAUGAGCGCGGCUUGAUCGGCACCUACCACAACUGGUGCGAAGCCAUGUCCACUUACCCGAGAACCUACGACUUCAUUCAUGCCGCUGGCGUUUUCAGCCUGUACAGAGACAGAUGUCCAACGGAAGAGAUAGUGUUGGAGAUGGACAGGGUACUGCGGCCGAGGGGAAGCGUGAUAGUGAGAGAUGACGUGGAUGUGGUGAUGCGGGUGAAGACCGUGGCGGAGGCGGUGGGGUGGCAGACGACUGUAGCUGACCAUGAGGACGGCCCUCUUCACCGCCACAAGAUCCUCUCCGCCUUCAAGCCCUAUUGGACUGCUCCCCCGCCCCCUCUCUCCUGACUCCCGCCAUUUUUAUCUUCUUUUCUUUCAACUUUUGACUUCAUUUUUUUAUUUUUAAUUUCAUUCUAUUUUACAAUUUACGCCCCCCCAAGCCAUCUCCCAAUUCUAUGUCAUUGGUUCGUCCUGGGCAUUUGAUCUGACGUAGCGUCAUGCCGUUUCUCCAUCUUCUUCUUCUUCUUGUUUUUUUUUUUGGGCCAUGAAAAAUAAAAAGCACCAAUUAGCCAAGGAAACUUCUGUUAUCCCUCAAGCCUGCGGCGGCUUAUGAGCAGCGGGGCCAGAUGCGGUAAACAUCAAUUUCAAAAUUCAUGCUGAUCCCCAUUGCAUUCCGUGGUUACGGGGUUC